AUGUUGGCCGUGUCCAGAGGCCUCAUUAAUCGUAUCUCACAUUCGCCUGCAGCUGUAUCAGGUGCAAUUUUCUCAAGGAUCCAGUUAAGAACGCUCAUUGCGGAGCCUUCAGUAAACGAGGGCAAUGAUUCGCGAAUAAUCAAAGCAGAGCCCGGUGUAAUGACACCCAGUUCGAGGCGAACGGGUGUAAUCGCAGUGAAAUGUGGAAUGACGGCGUUGUGGGACAAGUGGGGCGCCAGAAUUCCCAUCAGCAUUCUCUGGUUAGAUGAUAAUAUUGUCUCCCAAGUCAAAAUUCCAGAAAAGGAAGGCAUUUUUGCUCUGCAGGUUGGGUGUGGACAAAAAAAGGAGAAGCAUUUGACAAAGCCUGAAGUUGGUCAUUUUAGAGCUCAGGGAGUGCCCAUGAAGAGGAAGCUGAGGGAGUUCCCAGUAACUGAGGAUGCCCUUCUUCCAGUUGGUACGUGCAUUGGUGUCCGUCAUUUCGUUCCGGGGCAAUAUGUGGAUGUCGCUGGGAUAACUAAAGGAAAAGGUUUUCAGGGUGGAAUGAAAAGGUGGGGCUUUAAAGGUAUGCCUGCAUCUCAUGGUGCCUCCUUAUCACACAGAAGUAUUGGUUCCACUGGUCAAAGAGAUGCUCCUGGAAAGGUAUUUAAAGGUAAAAAGAUGCCCGGACACAUGGGUGUGGAGCAAAGAACAGUUAAAAAUGUUUGGGUUUACAAAAUUGACCCUGCAAGGAACUUGAUGUGGGUGAAAGGCCAAGUUCCAGGGGCCACGGGAAAUUUUGUAUUUAUAAAAGAUGCUGUGUACAAGAAACCAGAUAUUUCACUGCUUCCAUUUCCAACAUUUUUUGCACCCGAAGAUGAAGACCCUACGAAGUUGGAACCUUUACUAGCUGAUCUAGGUGAUACUGAUCCGUUCAUGGCUGCAGAUUGA